AUGCCGGUGAACGCGGCAAUGCCGCCUCUUCCUGAUGCAGAACCAUCACGCUCAGCUUCUCCCCACAACCCGGAGCCCGGCACUCCUAAGAGGGACAGAUCUCCGCCCAAUUCACCCGACAGCAGCUUAAAACUUUCGGGCCUGACGAAGUCUGGGCGGCGAAGGCGACAACACCCUGUUGCGGAAAUAAAGGGCGGCUGGACGACAGAAGAGGAUGCCAAGCUGAAAGAGCUGGUCGACAAAUAUGGAGAGGGGUCGUGGUCCAAGCUGGUGCCGCACUUCCAGGGGCGUAUCGGCAAGCAGCUGCGCGAGCGCUGGAACCAUGAGCUGCGGCCAGACAUCCUGAAGGGCUCCUGGACCGAGGAGGAGGAAGCCAUGCUGGUUGUCCAGCACCGCAUCUACCGGAAUGCCUGGGCAGACAUCGCCAAGAUGCUGCCAGGGCGCACGUGCAAUGCAGUGAAGAACCACUGGAACGCGACACUGCGCCGCGUGAACCGCGGGUCGGAGCGGCCGCUGCAGGGCCCCGUGGAGCGCUACAUGCAGGAACUGGGCCUCAUCGAGAGCCGGGCCAAGCGCGGCACAGUCCACCGGACGCACAACUUCCAGGUGCAGAGCAGCAGGUCAAUUAGUGCCACUCCCAGCAGCAGGCCGGAAGUGACCUCCAAGGCGCGCUGGGUGCCAGUGCCACCCCCCUCGAUGAAGAUCGCCCCCACCGCGCGCAAUCCUGGCUCCAGUGUUCAGGCUGAGAGCACACCGGCAAUGGUGUCUGAAGAGGGCCAAGGUCAGAGCCGGCCCGCCACCCCUCGGCUGGAGGCUGCCACUCCCACGCAGCCGCCGCCCGGCCUCGUGCCGCCGGCCGCAUCGACCGCAAUGUCCGCCCCGCAGCCGGCAGAAGCCAUGCACCUGCACCCUAGCACCAUCGCCAUGAAGUGGGGCCACACAGACAUGGAGAUUGCCGGCAUCCCUGAGAGUGCUGCAGAAUAUUGGAAGAUGCUGCAGGAUGACCCCAAAGAAGGGGCAAUCAAGAUGGAUCAGGACAGGGAGAGCAAGAAGGUGCAGGGCAGUGGGGAUGGCACUGCCGAGGAAGCCGAGCCCUCCGUUGCCGCUGUGGGCGCGGCUCAGGAUGAUGAACACAAACCUAGCAGCAAUGGAAAAUCUGGCAAGAGGCAACGGACGGCACCCCAGGACAGCGUGUACCACUUCUUCCAGCGCAGCAGCAGCCCACAGGCCGCGCCGCAGCAGAAGGGGCCCGUCAUGGAGGAGGCCGCCAUGGCACUCCUGCUGCUCGACGGCAGCACCGCACCCGCGGUGACUCUCCACAUCCAGCUUACCAUAUCUACACAGAACACACACCUUCUAGGCACCAGCGGUGAGGGAGGGGAGGCAGAGGAGCUGCCGCGGCUGCGCCCGCACAGGUCUCGCAGCGUGCACGCAGCCGACUUUAGCUACAAUGAGGACGAGGAGACCUGCCUGCCUCCCGCCGCCAAGCUGCCCAAGGUGGCUCGGCGCACUCGGACAGGGAUGCCGGGGGCGCGCGAGGGCAUGCGCCAGGUGGCGGACGCGUGCACGCAGACGGCGCCCCCUCCCGCAACGCCGGCCGGCGCGAGGCCGUGGGGGGCGGCGCGCUCCGGCACGGCCGAGGAACAGAAGCAGAUGCAGGGGCAGGCCGCCAUGUACGGCGUCAACGCGGCCGUCGCCACUGCCAGGUCCUCGGGCGCGACCGGGGGUCGGCCGGUGCCGUUUGCGACGACGGUGAACGUGAGGGAUCGGCUGGCGGGAUUCAUAGUGAGCCUGGCGACGGUGGCGGACCGGUGGGAGAUGCGGCCGAGCGCGGACAAGGACCGCUUCCGCCAGGGCUUGGGCCGGAGCACCGAUUCCAAGGUCGUCGCCCUGCGCCAGGCUGUCCUCGAAAAGUGCGUCGCCGUCAAGGGACCCUCCCCGGGCCAAGCGGUGCAUGCUAUGGCUGCCUUGCUCGCGGAGAUGGCGCCCAUCAUCAAUGCUGCCUUCGAGGCCGCCAGCGACAGCCAGCUGGGGACGAAGCCAAACCCACUGGCAGCAUUUUCCCAGAUGCAGCCUCCCGUGUCAGCAGGGACCAACUUUGGCGCCACCGCGGGUCACAGAUUGGCACCGGGGUCUGCUCCUCCUGUCCCACUCAGCAGCUCGGCGGCUCAGCUGUUGCCGCAAGCUGUCGGGCCCCCUCGGGCUCCCCCUGUCACCAUGUCCACUGCACCGCCCAACACAGCCGCGCCCAUCUACGUGCUGCCAGCCUUCCUGCAGCCUCCAGUGGGCGGGACAACAGCUCCGCAGCUGAGGCCACCAGUGGCGAGCGCCUCCGCCGCCGGCUUUGUGGGCGGGCCGCGGCCCCCAGUGAGCCAUGCCCCUGGGGUUGCUCCCAUGAACGGUGCCAGCCCCUACCUGGCACUGCAGCGGCCGAGCAGUGCUGGGGUGCGGGGCUUGGCGCAGUACAUGCCCAACCCACAGGCCUACCCAAUCGGCAGCUCUGCCACCGCUGCGCAGCCGGCAACCGGGCAGCCGGCGCGCUUCCUGGGACGGGCAGAUCUGGCAGCUCCCACGCAGAGCACCACGCCUCCGAGGUACAGCUGGGUCCUGCCCUCCUCAGCAGCACCCGCGGCGUCCAGCGCGGCAGCGGCUCCACUCCCUGCGCAUCUACAUGCCCCGCUGGGUGCUCUGCCGCCGCAGCAGCCCAAGCCAGCCCAGCAGCCCCAGGCACCCUCGCAGGGCCACGAGCCUGCAAGUGCCUUGCAGCAGAAUGGCGUGCAUCCAGCAGGCCAGAGCGGGAGCAUGGUGGAUGCGCAGCUCUCCACAUAG